AUGGAUGUAAACUUAGUCACUGUUUUAGCUAUUCUAAUAGUUGCGGUUAGUCAGACAUCUGAGACUUUGUUUCCUGGGGCCUUUAACUGUUGCAUGAACAUUUCAGAUGAAAUUCCCAAAGGAAUUCUCAGAAGAGUGGAGAAGUUUGAAAUCCAGAAAGCUGAUGGCCUAUGUCACCUAGAAGCUGUUAUUCUCUACAUAGAAGGCAGAAAGUUCUGUGUGAGCCCACGGAUUAGAAAAGUUAAAAAAAAAUGGAUGAAGAAGAAUAAGCACAAAAUUCCCGAAAAAAAACCUCAUGGUAGAAAACAGAGAAGAAUCAAAAUUAUUAAAAAAAAAAAAAAAGAAAAGAAACAGUAA